AUGAUAGUCUCUCUUACUGAAGGUUGUAGCGCCAUGGCUACAAGUCAGUUGCCAUCAAAGCAUAAUGAUUCAUGGAGUUUCACUAUUCCUUGUAACAUUGGUGACACAUUUGUAGGUAAAGCUUUAUGUGAUUUGGGUGUUAGCAUAAAUCUAACGCCAUUUUCAAUCUUUGGGAAAUUUGAGAGCGACAAAGCAAGAUCCACUAUGGUUACUUUGCAACUUACUGAUCGUUCCACCGUACAUCCUAGUGGCAUUAUAGAAAACAUGCUUGUUCGAGUGGACAAGUUUAUCUUUCCUACGAAUUUCAUCAUUUUGGAUUGUGAAGUGGACAAAGAUGUACCAAUUAUUCUCAGUCGCCCACUCCUUGCUACAGGCCGAGCAUUGAUUGAUGUUGAAUAG